GAUGACAAGGAGUACGUGGGCUUCGCCACACUGCCCAACCAGGUCCAUCGGAAGUCGGUGAAGAAGGGCUUCGACUUCACUCUCAUGGUGGCAGGGGAAUCCGGGCUGGGCAAGUCCACCCUGGUCAACAGCCUCUUCCUCACCGACAUCUACAGAGACCGCAAGCUGCUGAAUGCCGAAGAGCGCAUCACGCAGACGGUGGAGAUCACCAAGCACGUAGUGGACAUCGAGGAGAAGGGUGUCAAGCUGCGCCUGACCAUUGUGGACACACCGGGCUUCGGUGAUGCUGUCAACAACACUGAGUGCUGGAAGCCGGUGGCCGACUACAUUGACCAGCAGUUCGAGCAGUAUUUCCGUGAUGAAAGUGGCCUCAACCGGAAAAAUAUCCAGGACAACCGCGUCCACUGCUGCCUGUACUUCAUCUCGCCCUUUGGCCAUGGCCUCCGGCCCCUGGACGUGGAGUUCAUGCGAGCCCUGCACCAGCGGGUGAACAUCGUGCCCGUGCUGGCCAAGGCUGACACCCUGACCCCUGCCGAGGUGGAGCGCAUGAAGAACAAGAUCCGGGAGGAUAUCGACCACUAUGGCAUCCGCAUCUACCAGUUUCCUGAGUGCGACUCGGAUGAGGAUGAGGAGUUCAAGCUGCAGGACCAGGCACUGAAGGAGAGCAUUCCCUUCGCUGUCAUCGGCAGCAACACGGUCGUGGAGGCCAAAGGCCGGCGUGUCCGUGGACGCCUCUACCCCUGGGGCAUCGUAGAAGUGGAGAAUCCAUCCCACUGCGACUUUGUGAAGCUGCGGACGAUGCUGGUGAGGACCCACAUGCAGGACCUCAAGGAUGUGACACGGGAAACCCACUACGAGAACUACCGCACGCAGUGCAUCCAGAGCAUGACCCGCAUGGUGGUGAAGGAGAGGAACCGCAAGUAG